AUGAGGAACUCCACGAGAACUCGAGCCUCAUGGCAUUGGUAUGCCGCUUUGGGAGCUCUGCUACCGGCCUGUUUAGCCAUUGCGAGCCCGGCAGUCAAUGUGGCACUUCAGGCCUCAUUCGACUCGUCUCCAUAUCUAGUUGAGCUUCUUGAAACCGCCGCCGAAGAAAAUGCAACCUCGUAUUUCCCAUUGCUCAACCGUAUCGCGGAUGGCGCUUUUGAAGAAGCUAUCUCGGAGAAGGAGCUGUAUGACCGCUUCUUGCAGGUCGUUCACGAAGAUGGACAUCUACGGACUCCCGAAAGUCUAUCGUCAUUUAAACUCUCAUUGUCGGUUCGGUCGUCGGCGCCUCGAAUCCAGGCUCAUUAUCAAUACUACAAUACCUCGGUGCAGCAGUCGUUGAUGGGGGCGCAGGAUGCGGCUUGUCCUGUCUGGGUUCAUUUGGAGGGGAAGCAGUAUUGUUCCUCGCUGAUGGAGCGAGCACAGCAGGACGUAGAAGGAGAAUCAGAUCCCAAGGAACUACCAUUCGAUCGUGUUUUCGGCGAUACCUCGCUUCCUCCAGCUGUUCUCUACGCAGAUGUCUCGGCUCCGACUUUCAAGGACUUCCAUGAUAGAUUGAGUGAUAUGGCGAAGCAGGGUGAAAUUUCGUACCGCGUGCGCUAUCGACCACCUCAGCACUGGACCUCGCGGCCUUUGUUCGUCUCCGGAUACGGCGUGGAACUAGCGUUGAAACGCACGGAUUACAUUGUCAUUGAUGACCGAGAUGCGGAUGUUAGCAGCAAAGACAACGCUGCAACUGGCUCUGAGGAAUUGAAGGAUGACUCGCCGGAUGAUCUACGACCUCUAUCUUCUUCGGAGGUGUCUAGACUUGGCGUGAACUCUGCAAGCUACGUUAUGGAUAGCGAAGACCCGCUGAACACACUGAUCAAGCUGUCACAAAACUUCCCCAAGUACUCGACUACCAUCGCUGCUCAUAAUGCCACCGCAGAGUUGAAGAAGGAAAUACGUGAAAACCGGGCGCGGAUGAUCCCAGCCGGCUACAAUGUCAUAUGGAUCAACGGCAUGCAAAUUGAUUCGCGACAAAUCGAUGCAUUCUCUAUGCUCGAUCUCCUCCGUCGAGAGAGAACGCUCAUCCAGAAAUUCCGUGAUCUAAGUCUGUCUGCCCAGGAGGCCGUGAAGCUUCUAUCGCACCCAGCCCUGGCAGAGUCCCAGGCCGAAGAUGAGUCUCAGCGCUACGAUUAUCGUGAUACCCUGGAAGGUGGACAGGUCAUUAUUUGGAUGAAUGACCUGGAAAAGGACUCGCGCUAUGAGGCCUGGCCAAGGAACCUAGAAACAUACAUCACAAACCACUACCCGGGACAAUUGCCCCAAGUUCGUCGCGACUUGCACAAUGUCGUCAUGCCCGUUGAUUUGUCCAACCCAGAGGCUCUCUUGCAUAUCAACCAGAUUCAGAGCUUUAUCAACCGCCAGAUCCCUAUUCGGUUUGGUAUAGUGCCAACCGCGUCAUCUCCAGAUGCCAUUUCCCAGCUCAAGGUGGCACACUAUCUGCAGGAGACUUACGGACUUGAAUCAUUGUUCCACUAUUUGGAAGAAUCUACAUCGAAGAACAAGGCCGGAAAGCCCGACAAGGCCUCAUUUCUGGUGGCGACCAAGGAGCGAGAGCCACGCACAGAAAGCGAAGUUCUAUCUUUUGACCAGGUACUAACGAGUGAACACUAUGAAACUGUGGCCACGCGCAGCGCCGACUACCAGCGCCGCCUGGGCUUGCAGGGUGGAGCUCCUAAUUUCCUAGUCAACGGUAUCCCCGUCUCUAGUGCGACCAACUGGAUGCAGGAAUUGAGUAUGUUGAUUAGCAGGGAUCUGAAGCUGAUCCAACAGGGCAUCGUCGAGGGUGUUCUCGAAGAAGACGCUGUGUUGCCUGAAUUUUUCUUGGCUGGCGCCUUUGAGAGACGCAACUCGUUCAUUAUGCCCGAAGAUCCUAAGAGCGUACGCAUCGUGGAUCUUUCCACCAUCUUCGGACAUGAUUCAACGGUUUUGGACCACAUUCCCCGGGUUGAACCUGAAAGCGGCGUUCUGGGUGGCAUUCACAUCAUCGUUGUCGGCGACUUUGAGUCGGAGACUGGAUUGAAGCUUCUAACCCAGGCCUUGCAAUUCCGGAAGGAAAAUGGCGAGAUGGAACUUGUUCUGGUGCACAACGGUGCUACAGAGUCUGAAGGGGGUAUGACGCGCCUAGAUGCGGUUCAAAACGCACUUACUAAGGGAGGAGAUAUCGACAGCAUCUUGGAUGCCGUUACCUCCACCGAGGCCCUGGAAACAUCGGCAUCUGAUAGCCAGGAGGCCAGUCACAUCCAUCGACGCCUUGCCGAGUCUCUGGGAUUCGACGCCGGCGUGGAGGGCCUCGUUGUCAACGGCCGUGCAGUUGGUCCCAUUCCGAAAGACUACCUAUUGAGUGUUGAAGAGCUCGAUCUACUUGUCACUUACGAGCGAUCCAAGCGAAUUGAGCCUGUUGCGAAAGCCUCCCUGUCCCUCAGGUUGAAUAAGAAGCUCACUAAGCCCCUUGAUCUGGCCAAGUUGACCUCGAUGGUUGCUCUUUCUACAAUCUCGGACGUGCCCGAGGGCAUCUUUGAGUCGAUGCCAGACUUCCGAUUGGAUGUGGCCGACAAAUGGAAGACUGAGCACUCGGUCAUUACGGUUUCCAACUCCGAGGACCCGGCGAUCAAUGUUGCUGCUGUGAUUGACCCAGCAUCUGAAACAGCUCAGAGAUGGCUGCCAAUUCUCAAGGUCCUUUCUGAGCUCGCGGGUGUUCAAUUGAAGAUCUUCUUGAACCCCAAGGAUGAACUGAAAGAGCUUCCCGUCAAGCGCUUCUAUCGCUAUGUGCUAGAGUCAGAGCCAUCAUUCACUUCGGAUGGGUCUCUGUCUCGUCCUGGAGCUUCGUUCACUGGCGUGCCUGUCGAGGCAUUGCUCACCCUUGGCAUGGAUGUCCCCUCAUCUUGGCUUGUGGCGCCCAAGGAGUCUGUAUAUGACCCGGAUAACAUCAAGCUGAGUGCGCUCAAGGCUGGGGCCAAUGUCGAUGCCAUCUAUGCUUUGGAGCAUAUCCUUAUCGAAGGCCACUCUAGGGAUGUUACCACCAACUCCCCGCCUCGUGGAGUGCAGCUUGUCUUGGGCACCGAGGAUAACCCUCAUUUCGCGGACACCAUCAUCAUGGCCAACCUGGGCUACUUCCAAUUCAAGGCACAGCCUGGUGUGUGGCAGAUCAGCCUCAAGCCUGGUCGCAGUGAGAAGCUCUUCAACAUCGAUAGUGUUGGUGGCCUCGGAUACCGCCCCCAGCCUGGCGACGAGAACACCGAGGUCAUUCUUCUAUCAUUCCAGGGCCACACCCUUUUCCCCCGUCUCUCUCGUAAACCCGGUCACGAGAACGAGGAUGUCCUUGAAAAAGGACCCGAACCUGGCUCGGCGCGAGACUACAUCUCCAAGGGUUUCAACUUUGCCUCUGGCGUGCUCUCCGGCGUUGGCGUGGGCUCCAAGCCCGACGAGCAACAUGCCGAUAUCAACAUCUUCUCCGUGGCCAGUGGCCACUUGUACGAGCGUAUGCUCAACAUCAUGAUGGUCUCCGUCAUGCGGCACACCAAACACACCGUCAAGUUCUGGUUCAUCGAACAAUUCCUCUCGCCCUCCUUCCGCGCAUUCCUCCCCCAUCUUGCUGAAGAGUACGGCUUCGCCUACGAGAUGGUCACGUACAAGUGGCCGCACUGGCUGCGUCCACAAAAGGAGAAGCAGCGCGAGAUCUGGGGAUACAAGAUGCUCUUCCUGGACGUAUUAUUCCCCUUAUCUCUGGACAAAGUAAUCUUCGUCGACGCCGACCAAAUUGUUCGGACUGAUAUGUACGAUCUCGUCACGCACGACUUGGAAGGCGCACCAUACGGUUUCACCCCGAUGGGCGACUCGCGCACGGAAAUGGAGGGCUUCCGCUUCUGGAAACAAGGCUAUUGGAGCAACUUCCUGCGUGGCAAGCCAUACCACAUCUCGGCGCUGUACGUCGUCGAUCUGAAACAGUUCCGCGCUCUCGCUGCCGGUGACCGUCUCCGUGGACAAUACCAGAUGCUCUCGGCCGAUCCUAAUAGUUUGAGUAACCUGGACCAGGACCUGCCGAACCACAUGCAGCAUCAUAUUCCGAUUCACAGUCUGCCGCAGGAGUGGUUGUGGUGCGAGACGUGGUGCUCGGAUGAAGAUCUUGCAACUGCGAGAACGAUCGAUCUGUGCAAUAACCCGCAGACGAAGGAGCCUAAGUUGGCUCGCGCGAGGAGACAGGUGCCCGAGUGGACUGUUUAUGAUGAUGAGAUUGCGGCGCUGGCGAAGCGUGUUGCUGCCGAGCAGGUUGGGUUCGUGCAGACUGGGGAGGAUGCCGAGCAGAAGGAGGUUUCUGUUGAUGAGAAUGUGGAGGAAGAGGAUGACCGCAAGGAUGAAUUAUAG